GCUUGAGCUUUGCAACAGCUUGUUCCCAUAUAAAGUCUGCCUUUACCUACCUGAACCUGCAUACACUCUUCAACCACUACACUUCAAUUAACCAACCAACCAACAACAAACCAACAACAAUGGAUUACGUCAAAAAGUUCACCGGCGGCAACAACAACCAGAGCCAGGGUCAGACCUCGAACGAGCAGAUUCAGUCAUCUGGCUCUGCUGGAGGACAGCAGCAGCAGAGCAGCGGCGGCUUCCUCAGCGGCAUUGGCGACAAGCUCAACUCAGCUGCCGGGGGUGGUCGCGAGAGCGAGAAGAACGAGGACUACCUUGACAAGGGCGUCGACCUCGUGCAGGAGAAGUUCCUUGGACAAGGUCCUCAAGACAACGAGUCCGCUGUGGAGCAAGCCAAGGACGAGCAGAUCUCCGACUUCAUUCGAGGCCAGUACAAGAGCGCCACUGGCUCAGAUAUCCCUAUCAAGGAUAAGGAGACCAGGCUCGGUUAGUGAUUGGGUUUUCAAGCUCGACACCUCUACAACAUGAAGCAGCCUUCAUGGUCAUGAAGUUAUGAUUAUGAUCGUCACCAACUGACAAAUAAUCAUUCUCAACCUUUCCAUUGUGCCAAUUGUGAUUCCCGCAGUAAGUGCGUGUUGU